GAGUUAUGGGGUCGGGAGGGGGAAAGAGAGGAGGAGGAGGAAGAGGAGGAGGAGAGGAGGAGAGGGAUGAUGUCAUCAGACCCUAACUCUCUCCUCCACACCAACCACGCCCACUUCCCAUCCGGUCAACUAGAAGGGGUGUGGCCACCAGACUCUGGGGCGGGGCCUCACCCCCUGGCAGAGGUCUGUGAUUGGCUCUUCUACCAGCAGACCCUGGAGCUGCUCCGUGCCAUCCAGAGGCGUUUCCGUGACGAUGCCAGCCUGCUGGCCCACCGCCGAGACGCCGCCCAUCUGCUGCCCAGCCUCUCUCCAACCAACUUCCUGUUCGAGGGGAACUUCCUGUUGGAGGGGAACUUCCUGUUGGAGGGGAACUUCCUGUGGUCUCCGCAGCACACAGACGCUUCGCUGCCGCCCAGCAGCCCUCUCCAAGGCCCGCCCCCUUAUGCCUCUUGUGUAGAGGCGGUGCCAAUCAAGCUGGAGGCGGAGCCUGAGAACCAAUUCAGCCAAUCGCGAAGCUCUCCCGACGUGCCCGUGAACAGCCAGCCGGCGCACGAGGGCGUUUCCAUGGAAACCGGGCAGUCAGAGCAGCGGCGACAGCAUCGAGGUCCUGGGCACCGAGCGCUCCUUCAGAGACCCGCCCAGCUCAUCGCCACGGAGACCGGCUGGGGGAGGGGCGUGGCCGAGGGCAGGGGGGUGUGGCGAGGGAGGCAGAGGGGGGCGGACCGAACAGACAGCCAGGACAGCAUCGAGGUGCUGAGCAGGGACAGCUUCCUGCCGGAAGACUUCAGACCCUCAGACUUCCUGUUGCAAGGGCUUAUGGGUACUGUAGUAAAGGAGGAAGAGGAGGAGUGGCAAGGGGAUGUGGGAACUGUGGCCCAGGAAGAGGAGGAGUUACAUGGGUCUGUGGGGUCUUUAGUCCAGGAUGUUGUGGGUAAUGUAGUCCAAGAGAAUGCAGAGCUGCAGAGGUUUAUGGGUAAUGUAGUCCAGGAAAGUCAACUCUCGCUGUGCACCUCAACAACUGCUCUGGACCUAUAUCUCCAUGACGACAAGUUCCAGGAGGUGUGUCCUCAAGUUGGUCUCCUCCCGCUCUGUCCUAUUGGUCGAGAGGACAGCUCUGACUGUGGCUCCACCUCUUCGUCAAGCUCCUCCCACUCCUGGCAAUGUGGGCGGGGAGAAGCAGCGCUGCGAUUGGUGCGGCGUUGGGCACACGCACGCCACGCUGUGUUCAGCCUUCUGAUUGGCCGGCCGCUGGUGGUGCUGGGUAGCGAGGCGGAGAAGGUUGAGGAGCUGGUGCACGCGCUGGAGCUCUUUCUGCCCAACACACACGCUGGCACACACACACACACACACUCACGCACACACACGCACACACACGCACACACACGCACACACACACACACACACUCACACACACGCAGAGUGCUGCCCUGGUGUUGUCGGCCCAUACAGAUCACUGACCUCCUGGAGUUUGGCAUCAUAGGACUCAACAGAAAGUUCUGCUCAUCUGCUCCCAGCAUGCCUUUCUGCCUGGAGCGGUACGCUCGCUACCUCAGCGUCCUGGACGCGGAUCACAUGACCCUCCGCUGCCCCGCCUACCGCGGGGCUCUGAUUGGCCCACUGACUGAGCCCCAAUCACAGCUCAGAGAAGGCGGGACUUACGCCCUGCUGGUGCAGAGUGCCCUCACGCGAUUGGCUGCUGGAGCUUUCCAUCAUGUGUUCUCAGGCCAGGAGGCUGUGCCGCGGCACGGGGCGGUGGAUGACAUCAGGAUCCUGAACUUCCUGUCUGACAUCAUCAAGUUACGCCUCACACACCACGCCCCCUCCAGUAUCCUCCGAUUCAGCUACCAGCCGUGCACACUCUUCAAAUAAACACACACACACACUCUUCAAAUAAACACACACACACACACACACACACUCACUCGCUCUUCACAUAA